GCCCUCAUCGUGUGCGGCACUGCGCUUGACAUUUCACGCGUGCAGUUGCACGGCGCGUGUGCCGGAGCCCAGACACACACUCACUCUGCUAACUUCCUUGAUGAUGUGUUAAUUACAUAAGCAUACGCAAAUAAAUCGCGGGAAAGAGGAAAAAAAUGGCGACUUCAGGGGCAGGGAGCGGUGACUGUAAGUGGACAUACUGACACUCCCCCUCGUCGGGCAGCGGGGCGCUGGAUUCGCCUGGAAGGGCUUUUGUCGAUACGGCUUGACCAAGAAGCGGCGGACGACAGGGAAGUGAGCGAGGCAGGAACGGCAGCAGUGAGAGGAGGAGCUGAUGGAGAAAGGCACUUUGGAACUGAGCAAUGUUGAUAUCGUCAACAAAAAGAUCGAAAAAGUCCCCGUCAAACCUCUGCAAAACGGAAAUGCGCACAUACAACAGGACUGUGCAUUUACGGAAGGGCAGUACGUCUUAUCCAGAUGGACAGAUGGGUUGGUCUACCUUGGAAAAAUCAAGAAGGUGAACAAACAUAAGCAAAACUGCCUUUUAGUCUUUGAAGAUAAUUCUGAAUUUUGGAUUCUUUGGAAAGAUAUACAACAUGCUGGAGUUCCAGGUGAAGAGCCGAAAUGUAAAAUCUGCAUGGAAAAAAAUUCUACACCUCCCAAUGAAAUUUUGAUUUGUGGCAAGUGUGGCUUGGGAUACCAUCAGCAAUGCCACAAUCCCAAAGUUGAUAGAACAAUAAAUGCCUCCUCCUCUCCUUGGUUCUGUCGGCAGUGUAUAUUUGCAUUGGCCGUGAGGAAAGGAGGUGCUUUGAAAAAGGGACCACUCGCUAAAGCCUUGCAGAGUGUCAAACAGGUUUUGCCCUACAACAUGAACGAACUUCAUUGGGAUUCUCUGCACAGAACUAAUCUACAGCAGUGUUACUGUUACUGCGGGGGACCUGGAGAGUGGUACCUGAAGAUGCUGCAGUGCUGCAGGUGUAAGCAGUGGUUCCACGAAGCCUGCACUCAGUGCCUGAGUGAGUCCAUGAUGUUCGGAGACAGAUUUUAUUUGUUUGUGUGUUCCGUGUGCAAUAAAGGACCUGAAUAUAUCAAGCGCCUGCCCCUCAGAUGGGUAGAUGUUGUGCACCUUGUCUUAUACAAUUUAGGAGUCCGUGGCAAAAAGAAAUAUUUUGACUUUGAAGAAGAAAUAUUAAUAUUUAUUAAUCAAAACUGGUCAAGCCUCCAACUUGGAAAGCUGACUGAAACUGCGAUGCUUGAACGAAAGCAACAUCUCCUUGAUGCGUUAAACAGCUAUAAAAGCCGAUUUAUCUGUGGUAAAGAAAUUAAAAAGAAAAAAUGUAUUUUCCGUCUCCGUACCCGAGUACCACCAGUUCCUCCGAAUGUUAUUUUGCCUGAUAACGUUGGCCAGCUGACAGAUCAUGCUUCGAAUGAGAUCAAGAGGAGAGGAAAAAAUUUAGUGUUUGCUCCCAAGUAUGGCCCCCUGCCAGAAGUCCCACCACCUCGCAGGCGGCAGCUUCCACUGAAAUGGGGGAGAAAGAACAGGAAAUCGAGCUGGUUUCUGCAGGAUGCCGUUCCAAAGAGUGACUUCUCCACAGCUGAGAGCACAAGCUACCAUUUGGCAAACAUAUUUGACUUUACAGUGGAUGACAUUCAGAGUUUGAGGAGUUUCAGUGAUCGCUCUGAGGGAACCUUUAACUCGGACCUCGAUUCGACGGACGCAGCAAGUACUUCUGGAUCUGCCUCAACAAGUGUUUCUGGGGACUCCCGAAGGACCAUGGGGAGUCGGAAAAGAAAGGCACCCGUGGAAUAUUCGCUAAACACCAAAAACAGUCGUAAGGAAACCAUCUACACACGUACAGCUAAUGGAAUGGGCCGGGCGGAACAAUCAAAGGAUAACAACUACCUUAACUCCCACACCUUUGAUAGUAUGAGUGAUGACGAAACCUCACUGUCCAACCUUAAAUCCUCCAUCACAAAUUACUUUGGCGCAGCCGGCAGACUGGCUUGUGGUGAGAAGUUCCAGGUCCUUGCCCGCAGGGUGACCCUGGAUGGGAACGUGCAGUACCUCGUCCAAUGGGAAGGUGCCACUCCAUACUGAGGCAUAACCGGCAACACCAUCUGGUAGCCAGAGGGCCACCGAGAUUCCGAGCCAGGGCUGGACACUCUCCUGUACCUGGUACAAGGUGAAAACUGGCCACCAUGGAGCCAUCUUAUUUACCAGAAAGAGUCAUUUCAUUGAAGAUUUGAGAUCUCCUCAGCAAUUACUGUACUAAUGCAUUUUAAAAAAUUGGUACAGAAGUCUUUUUUUUUGCUGCUGGUUGUAGCUAGCGUUAGUUAAUACCCACUGAGGAGCAUUUUUGGUGCAAUCCAUAUGUGCGUUUGCCCUGAAUGAAUACUGGACUGGCUUUGACCAGCUGAGCGAGUGACUUGCCUUCAUCCACUGAGUAACAUCGAAUGUGGAGUUGAUGUGGAGAUCUAACCUCUUCGACAAAGUGAACUCGCCAUCCGAUGUGGUCUACCUUGGCACCCGUCUCACGGGUUCCUGUUUCUCUCCCGGAUUGCGUUGCUGACAUGGAUCACCGUGGCUGUCUUGCGGCUCCACGAUUUAAGGAUGGAGUGGGGGGGGGGGGGGGGAGUGGAUUUGUGCUU